UUCUGAUAUCUCAUUUCCUGGAAACAACCCAAAACUUGGGUCGGUGUUCUUUUAUAUGGCAGCGGUUGCAUAACAAUCUCAGCUUUACCAUGGCCGACUCUCAAGAUUUUUUUUUUCUGUGCCCACAGUUUGUCGGCUUAAACCCUUUAAAAACCCCACUUCCCCACUUUAAUCCAACCUUAAACUCAAAAAAGAAAACGAAAUGAACUCAGAUGAAGAAAAACACCCUCCCCUUCCUUCCCCUUUUAUGGAACUGGAAACGUUUUCAUCGGCAACGGGCGGGACGGAGUUGAUCGGCGUGCCUCAGCCCUUGGAAGUUCUUCAGGGGAACCCCGUGCCGCCUUUUUUGUCGAAGACGUUUGAUUUGGUGGACGACGCGUCGUUGGAUCCGAUAAUCUCUUGGGGUCCGACCGGAGAGAGCUUCGUGGUCUGGGACCCUCUGGAAUUUUCUAGGCUCAUACUCCCUCGGAAUUUCAAGCACAAUAAUUUCUCCAGCUUUGUUCGUCAGCUCAAUACUUACGGAUUUCGCAAAAUCGAUACGGAUAAGUGGGAAUUUGCUAAUGAAGCUUUUCAGCGAGGGAAGAGACAUCUUUUGAAGAACAUUCAGAGGCGUAAGUCACCUCAAUCACAACAGGUUGGUAGUGAUCUCAGACCUUAUAAUGAUGUGGGAAGGUCCAGAGCGGAAGGUGAAAUAGAAAGGCUGAGGGAAGAAAAGAGCAUGUUAAUGCAGGAAGUAAUGGAGCUGCAGCAAGAGCAACAGUGUACAGCUCGCCAUGUUGAGGUGGUGAACAAGAGGCUUCAAUCAGCAGAACAAAGGCAGAAGCAAAUGGUUUCAUUCUUAGCCAAGUUAUUCCAGAAUCCGGCUUUCUUAGCACGCCUUAGACAAAAUAAGGAACAGGGAGAAAUUAGUUCCCCAAGGAUGUGGAGGAAGUUUGUCAAGCAUCGGUCAGUUGAACUGAUUGAUUCAGAAACACCUGCGGAAGGGCAGAUUGUGAAGUACAAUAGUCCUGAUUGGAGAAACGUUUUUAUCUCCUCUUCAUCCCCAGAUGUAAACCCGAUUUCUGUUGAAGAGUCUCCAGAUUAUCUACCCAAGGGUGUAGCUGGAAGUGAUUUAGGUGCAGAAGGCUUUCCAUUUCGAGUUGAUGAUGAUGUAGUUGAAUCUGAUGAGCUGGCGACUGCACAUGGAUUUCUCGGAACCUCAGAGCUGGUAGAAGGCACUUCAGGCAUGGAAAUCAAAGAUCUGAAUGGGAAGAAUGUACUAGGCUCAGAACAAGUGACUAAUCCAGGGUAUUUUAUAUCUUCCCCUGAGGAUUUAGUGAAGCAGAAAACCACCCCAGAGUUCUCAUCUAUUAGUGAAAGUGUUUCAAAACAAGAUGUAUGGAGCAUGGAUUUUGAUGGUACUGCUGGUAUGCCUAGUUCUAGCAAUGAGUUAUGGGGUAAUCUCAACACCUAUGACCUUAUGGAUUUGGGAGUAACUGGUGGGUUAUCUGAUGUAUGGGAUCUCGGGUUUUUGCAAGCAGCAGAAGAUUCAGGCACUGAUAAAUGGCCAGCUGAGGAAUUUCCUUCUGAUAAUCCCAACACUCAGGAUCAAGUUGGCCAGCUAGAAGCUAAUAGGUCUAAGAAGACAGAUCCGUAAGGGUUCAUUUGCCUUGGCAGACAAUGAUGCCCUUUUGGAUCAUAGUUAUCUUUAUUUACUAGGAUGAAUGGUUGAUUGGACGAUUGAUUUAUGAACGUACUAAUUGAAUGCCAUUUUUUUCUCU